AUGGGAGCACCAGAUAUUGACGGACUGAUUUGGACAGUCCUGAAGACAAUAGAAGAACAGCAAGAUGAGAAACGUGUAUUGGAAACUUUGAACAACUUGAACUCUUUGUUUCACUGUUGUAACUCAAUAUGCAAUAUCUCCGUAAAAACAAUAGAGCAGCUCGUCCGACUACUUUCAGGGCUCCUGCGAAACGAAGACCUUUUGCAAGUGCAGUUAGUAUGCAUCGAUAUACUUCGACACGUGCUCAAUAGCAAUUGCCACCACUCCCUGAAAAAUCGUGUGAUGCUUUCACUGGAAAGGGAGCUGGAAUCGCUGUUUGUCCAAGGCGACCCACAGAUUCAACAAGCCAUUUGGGAAUGUCUAAAUACGCAUCUUGUGACUACCGGUAACUUGGGACCUACCUUGAAAAUCUUUAUAUCCCGCGUGCUUUAUGGGGGAGAAAAUGACGUAUUUCUGAAAAGAGCAGUUGAAACGAUCCAUAAAAUUUUCGAAUGUUUUCCAACUGCACAAUUGGCGCAAGAAGAUGUGUUGAUAGUGGUCAUGUGCCUGCUGGAGCAUGAUGGCAAACGUUUGCAGAGGAGAGAUUCCCUGAGUGGUGCCUAUUGCUUAGAGGCCAUCAGACGUCAUCUCAGUGAGGAUGAAUUAACUUCAGUAAUGAAAGCUCUUCCGAUAAAUCUACAGACAACCUACGAGAUGCUCCAAAGUUUCGGAGCUUCUAAUCCCAUUUCCCCAAGUCAGCACUCUUGUGGACCGACAAGGAACGAAGACGAUUACGACCAGCCUUGGCACACUGAUGUACAAGACGUGGUGCCCUAUGCUUAUCCUGUUUACUCAAUGCAUCAGUUAAUACCAAAGCAUCUGUCAGCCAAUUUGUCCACACAACAGAGCAACAGAUGUCGUGAAUCUGCAGCCAACUUGCUAAAAAUGCAUUACAUGCAAAAGUUUUACACACAAGAUUCCAGAGAACGUGCAUAUUUCAUUGAAUCUGUCCAACAACAUCUACCGACCUUAUUGAAAACCUUUUCACAAUUCCUAAUGGACAAUAAAGACCCAGUGACUUACCAUCUUCUUGAAGCAAUACAGAUACUCCUCGCUAACCUGUCACAAAAAACCGUUAGCCAGCACCUUGGAUCCAUAAUCGUUAUGCUGUCAAGUGCGUUUUCCAGCCCGACUCUACCUAGUUGGCAAAUCCUUAUGCAGUUGCUUAUGCAACUGACACUUAUGGUGCCAUCUGAGUGGAUAUUUGAGGAACUGUUGAAACAGAUUUUCACCGUGCAAAAAUCCGAAACGAGAGUGCACCUCAUGAAUGCUGCGAUAUUUAUUUUGCUUCAAAAUCAAUCACUGCAUUUUGACAUCGUCGCGACUAGUCGCCUUUUGGGCCAACUGCUCAUGGAAGACAGUAUACAAGUUAAAAGAACUGCAACUGAAUUGCUUAUUGUGCUGCACUACCUACAAUCUCAUGAAGAGGGCACAAGGCGAAGCGGCGAAGACACUCCUAUAUUGCAUGCUUUGGAGGUGCAGUUGAAUGGCAGAAUGAUGCGUAAUGAACUGCGCACUCUUCUAAACACCGUACGCCACCGUGCAAUGCAGGGUCUGCUUCCUACUGUCGAUGGGAAUUGGGUUGUGCACUCUGUGCCAAUGCUGACACGGUUUCUCUCCUAUCCGGACAAUGACACCUCACUAGACCAACUUGCACCACGACAGCGAAGCUGGACAUCCUUCAGAUCAAAUUCAGAAGAAAAUUCAUCUCUUAUGGAAAGUUACACAUUUUCACCAGAGAAUUCGUACGCAGCAUUGUUUCACAGAGGCAGAAGGCGACCAAUUCGCAGACGUCCAACGCCACGCAAGUCACAGAGUACCCCAGCUUCCAUUGGUGUACAUUCUGACAAGUUGCCCAAUAUUGCUCCCGCUCACCCGGCAGAAGUACCAGCCUAUCCGCGUCACAACCGGUUCACACCUUAUUCAGAGGAAAUUCGGCAUCCGUUGGUUCGUUUCCAAGAUGCGGGCUCUCCUGGGAGAAGAUCUCGGUUAGACACAAUAUUUGAACCACGUGGCAUCCUUAAACAUAAUAACCAAGUGCGCUCAAGUCCCAGAAAGGCGAUCCUCGUCAAUCCGGCACCUAAGAAUUAUGAGUUGAAUUCCUUAUUUGUAUCCCAGGAAUACAAUCGCAACACUUACAGUGCGGUCUCAAAAGCACGUCCAAGUACGACAGUACCGCCAUGUGGAAUGACCCACGAGAAACCAGACUGUUGCAGUUUGCCGAGAAACGCCAUAGACGCUGCACCCAUUCGACGUUGCCAAUCUCUGCUAAGAAGCGCUGAGGGCCUAAGACAAACACAACAAUCCAACCUGGUCAACAAACAAAGGUGGAAUUCCUGUGAACCUGAUGGUCGACUGGUACUGCAUGAUGCAGCCUUCUGUCAUCACGAUUGUUCAGACCGCCGACAUCGGCAAAUACGUUUCGGGGAAAAUCGUGUAAUUACCUUCGAACGCCCAGAGAUGGUCGACACGCGGACUGCUAAGGCAUACGCUUCCACUGAAUUUGGCAAAAGAUUGUCCCCUAUCCCAGAACAGGAUUCACAAAUUGAUCCAUCAGCUGAAGAGAGGCCACACUUAAGAGGAGUAGGAUCAGUCCGUUACCAACAACAUCCUCGAUGUGGGUCAACGCGAGAGCUUCAUGAAAUAAUUCAAAAGGUUCACUCCAAGGACUGGGAGAUGCAGUUGAAAGGGGCGGAAGGGAUUCAGGGAUUUCUACGAGCAGGAGACCGCAGAGUUCUGGACGGGUUACUAGAAAAUCCCCAACUUUUACACUCACUCACGGAUGGACUACUCAGAGGAAUUCGGAGCCUGCGCUCCCAGGUUAGCCGCAAUUCCAUGCUUGCCAUUCGUUUACUUGGAGAAUUCCUUUCGCUGGUUUGUUAUGGUUCGUUGUGGGAAGUCCAGAUUGACAGCAUCAUACAGGCGCUACUCGCUCGCGCUGGGGGUGACACGAGCACAAAAUUUUUGCAAUCAGAUGCAAUUGAAUGUUUAGAACUAGUGCUUUCUUGCGUUCCCUUGGUGCGCAGCAUUCCUAUUUUGUGCAAUCAACUGCUUGAGAAGAAGACCAAGAGUGUGCACGGCCGUCUUGCGAUUGGAACUAACUUGGCAAAUCUACUAGAGGCAGCCUCCACUACUGAUACCAGUCUGUCGGCGUUGACAUCCAGCUUAGGUCACGAGGGGCUUUCCCGAUUGGCAGUCGCAUGUGGUCAACUUAUUUCGGACGGAAACUCUGCAACAAGAAUGAGUGGAAGAAGAAUUCUCGUGGCGCUAAGUGGAAGCAAAAGGUUCGAGGAGGUUUGUGAGCGCCGGCUGACAAAGGCGCAGCUGAGUACAGUACAGAAACUAUUAGCUGAUAGAUCAUGA